AACUCAGGUCUUCAGAAAUAAGGUCACUUUACCAGAUCCUCACAAAUGAGGAGCCAUUUUGUCAGAAUGGUGAGGCCUAAACUGCUAAUGAAGUGAACUUAGCCUCUAUGACACCACAUUUUCAAUCUCAAGCUGUUGUGCAUUGUCAUUUGCUUGACAGAGUGGGUUUUUGUGGCCUGUGAGGACUACGCAGAAAACUGCUGAAUCCCAAAGUAGAAAACAAACGUCUGGAGAAAGAGCAACUGAAACAUGGAGCUUCGAGUGGGGAACAAAUAUCGGCUGGGACGAAAAAUUGGUAGUGGAUCCUUUGGAGAUAUUUAUUUGGGUGCCAAUAUUGCUACAGGGGAAGAGGUAGCUAUUAAGUUGGAAUGUGUGAAAACCAAGCACCCACAGCUCCACAUUGAAAGCAAAUUUUACAAGAUGAUGCAGGGAGGAGUGGGUAUCCCUUCUAUUAAAUGGUGUGGAGCUGAGGGUGACUAUAAUGUGAUGGUGAUGGAACUUCUAGGACCCAGCCUGGAAGACCUCUUCAACUUCUGUUCCCGCAAAUUCAGUCUCAAGACUGUUCUGCUAUUGGCAGAUCAGAUGAUCAGCCGUAUUGAGUACAUUCAUUCCAAGAACUUUAUCCACCGAGAUGUAAAACCAGACAACUUUCUUAUGGGUCUUGGCAAGAAGGGAAACCUAGUAUACAUCAUUGACUUUGGCCUGGCAAAGAAGUACCGUGAUGCUCGCACCCAUCAACACAUCCCCUACCGGGAAAACAAAAACCUGACUGGCACAGCCCGCUAUGCCUCUAUAAACACUCAUCUUGGAAUUGAACAAAGUCGCCGUGAUGACUUGGAGAGCUUAGGCUAUGUGCUGAUGUACUUCAACCUUGGCUCACUGCCUUGGCAAGGCCUGAAGGCUGCUACUAAGCGCCAGAAGUAUGAGCGCAUCAGUGAGAAGAAGAUGUCAACACCCAUCGAGGUGCUCUGCAAAGGCUACCCUUCUGAGUUCUCAACAUACCUCAACUUCUGCCGUUCAUUGCGAUUUGACGACAAACCAGACUACUCUUAUCUGAGGCAGCUGUUUCGUAAUCUCUUUCACCGCCAGGGUUUCUCGUAUGACUACGUGUUUGACUGGAACAUGCUUAAAUUUGGGGCAGCCCGGAAUCCUGAGGACAUGGAUCGGGAGCGGCGAGAACAUGAGCGCGAGGAACGGAUGGGGCAACUGCGAGGUUCUGCCACACGGGCACUGCCACCUGGACCUCCUGCCGGAGCUACAGCUAACCGCCUCCGCAAUGUUGCUGAGCCCAUGGCGUCCACACCCACCUCCCGCAUCCAGCAGUCUGGAAACACAUCCCCCAGGGCGAUUUCACGAGUGGACAGGGAGCGGAAGGUCAGCAUGAGGUUACACCGAGGAGCCCCUGCCAACAUCUCCUCAUCUGACCUCACAGGACGGCAAGAGGUGUCACGAAUUUCAGCAUCACAGACAAGUGUGCCAUUUGAUCACCUCGGGAAAUGAAAAGUGGAUUCCACCGGACCAGUGUUUGCUUAGUGUCUUCACUGUAUUUUUCUUUUAAAAAACAAAAUAGCAAAAAAAAAAAAAACAAAUUUAAAAAAGGAAAAAAAACAACAAAAAAACCAACAACUUUUUUCCCGCCAGCCACGAGGAGAGGAGCUGCCCUUUGCUGGUGUUUAUGUCUUUUCUGAGAUCGCUGACUGCGUUCCCAAGCCCAAUUGCCUUCAACAAGUCAACAACGCAGGAGCCUUGCAGAAAAAAACAACACCUCUCUGCUGCUGUGGUGCAGCUUCUUCUCAUAGGCCUUGCCCCAUCUCACGCCAGCAGACCAUGGCCAGCCAAUCCUGCUUUCUACUCCCCCAUUUUUUUGUUUUUUGCCGGUGGGUGGGUGGGAAAUGUGUUUUGGAUCAUUCAAAACAAAAUACCAAUUCCCUGAUUCUGUGGGUUUGUUUGUUUUUUAAGUUCAGUUUGUCAAAGAUGACAUGGUUUCCAGUAUCCUUUUAAAAUAUUUGAGGCAUGGGAGAAGAAAAGGUUUACAGGAGAUUUUUAAAAUCCUAGCCCUGAGUAGGUGGCUUCACAUUCAUUUCAGAAUGAACGCUAACUGUAGUUUUGAGUGGGUGCUUGCCUCUUGGGGAGGGGAACGGCUGAAGGAGCCUACUGAGUGUAUUCAUGCUUUCUUUCCCUGGAGGACACCACUGCCCCACUGCAUGCAUUCAUGAGCCAGUUGGGAGAUGCCACAGGCAUACCAAUAAAGGCAAACAAUAGUGGCAUAGUGGCAAUUAUGUGUGCAGGGUGUGCCUGUGGGUAAAAGAUGUGUGCUGUGCAAAGCAGGAGCAAAUGUGAAGGACGUAGAAAUGUAACCUGCUUCUCUGGCAAGCAGUGUGUGGGGGGGUUCUCUCUCUUGAAAACAAACCCCUGUUUGUACGUGUUUAGUUUUAUAUAUUUCAUUUUCUUUUUACUUUUUAAACUUCCUCAGGAGAUGGGGAAGAUGUUGAAGAAAAGGGAGGGGGGUAUGUCAAAUGUCGGGGGGAGGGGGGAGAUUAGUUGGUUUUCAUUGUUGAGGUUGUUCCUGGCAUCAUCAAUUUUUGAAAGACAACCCCAGCCUCAGACGCACAACCUCCCCUCACAGAAAGGUUUCUCCCACUUCCCUUUUUUUGUCCCAUUAUUGUUUUUACAUUUUAGGUUUUAAUUCAAGAAAACCAUCCUGAGUAUUGCAUGGGAUCAGUUGUCACCAUGCCCUCCAGGCUCUAACUUGGCACAUUUUUUUUAAUGUUGAACAUUAUGGAACCAUUGGAAGCGGGUGGGGCUUGGCUUUUUGGUUCUCUUUAUUCUUUCUAUUUAACACACAACUGUUUUUUGUUUUGUUUUGUUUUUCCCCUAAUUUAUUUACCCUGCUGACUGUCUCCCUCUCUCUCCUUUUUUUUUAAUUAAAGUAAAAAAACUUUUUAUUACUUUGUAAUUUUAAAAAAACUGAAAAAACGUUGAAGAACUUUGGGGGGGAUUUUGUACUUUUUUCCUGUGUAAAUAUUGGACUUUUUUGAGCUUUAUUGUGGUUGUUAAUUUGAAGUAAUAAAGUAGAAAAUGAUAAAGUGA